AUGUCGCCCUUUGAUCCCUCUUCUUCACAGAUUAAAAGAGAAGCGGAAUCUACCUUCACAACACUGGAAAACCACCAUUACCCAGAAUAUCGCCCUAGUCGAACCACCGGAUACGUAGCGGUGGGAAUUGCCAUUCUCCCAACAUUUUUGGCGGUGUUGGUGCCUGUAUUUCCCAAUUCUCCCUCUAGCAACGACAUUGCGAUACUCAUCACAGAUACUUUAAUAGUUGUUCUAGUGACUUGGGCUGUCUGGUUUUUGGGUGAAUGGCCUUGGAAGUGGCUUGAACAGGUAAAACAAACAAAACAACGACUUUUAAACCGGAUUAACUCGCAACUUCUCAUCCAAAAAUCUGCUGAUAACCGUAGCAGCAAUAGAGAGUUCGAAGAAGGCGUUUAUUUCUUAAAAAAGCUCAUUGGAACAGAGAAAAAAGUCCUACUGUUCUGCUUCACUGGGAUAUUGGCUGGUGGCAUUCUUAUGGUCUACACCAGGGUGUUUAUUAUUGUUGAAGAUUCCAGGAGAACCAUUGUGUUUUCAAACUUGAAUGUGUGUAUCUAUGUUUCAUGGGGUACCUUUAGGUUGGCAGUGUUUCUAUUAGAGACCACAAGAAGGAACUCGUUGGAAGCAGCUAAGAAGGAUGACUACAACUUGAUCAAUGAGAGUCACCUCCAUCUGUAUAUGAACACCAAUAAAGGUGUGUUGGACCGGAUGGCUGAAAUGUUCAUCGACAAAGCUCCAAUACCGGAGCUACACAGACUCCAACAAGAGUUGAAAGAGAACGAGCUCAAGCAAGAACGGGAAUGGAGACACCUUAAAAAAGCUGUUUCGAGCUUGAACCAAGAAAUGUUGAGUAUCAGAAAGUCUCCUCAACGUAUAUCUACUUUCCAUCCAUUUCCAUUGAACUUCCAAAACAGAGAUAGGGCUAUUGGUCAGAAUACGGACCACAGCUCAGUUCAGACCAGGUUAUCUACGAUUUUUGACCGAAAUUUUCCCAGUAAAAAGCACAAGCGAGUCGGUGAAAAUCUUAGACAUUUUUCUGGUAUCAAGUCCUUGGAAACUAGACUAAAGGAGAGAAACAUUUUAAAUGACUACAGUUCCGAAGUCAACUCUGGAACAGCUAUACCUGAACCUGAACCUGUUAAUGUUGGUAUGCUGCCCGGAAUGACCUCCAUUAAAUCCUUUAUUCUGUUAGCGAGUAGAAUUAGACACAAGUACAACCUAUUCGAUGUGUGCAGACAUCCAUACAUGAUGAGGCAUAUUCUCAUGGAAGAAAUCCCCCCUUUCUUGAAGUCCUUUGAAGUAUUUGACAAAAUCAUGCUUACCAAGCAUAUUCUACUUGAGCUAACCAUCAUUCACAUCAAAUCAAACAUUGAAACUUUUAGACGGUACUUGCAGGCGAUUGGAAACAAGUGCAAAAUUUCAAUGAAGAUUGCGUUUAUUCAAAUAAUAUCUGCUCCGUUCAAAAGCCCAUACAAGGUUUUGAGAACUAGCUUAAAGAUCGUCUCUUUUGUUCCCAAAAAACUCAUAAGAGAGUUGUUUAUACAUCCUUUUCGAAUUAUCCGGCCCAAGAAAUCCCCUUCCCUAAGCCCAAUAGCCAUGUCUAAUGACCUCCAAGACUUCCUAAAACCCUCAAAACUAUCACCAAUGUCAGAAAUGGAGGAAAAACUUGAAUCACCCAUAAAACUUGAAGGAUUGAGAGAGUUUACAAUCAACCGAAGACAUCUCCAUCAGCGCAAGCGGAAACCCAGGUCCCCAAUCCAGCGGUUCCAUUAGAUU